ACCGUGCCAAUAUCUAGCAUCACCAGUCUGUUAUUUAAAUAGGCUUAAUCGCCAAGUUGUUUCAAUUAACUAUACUUUAACAUAACGCAGAUCACUGUAUAGGGGUUAUUUCAAUUACUAUUGGUCAUUAUGAAGUGCAUUUGGUUUGUGUUGCUUGUAGAGGUUAUGAGCGUGGUUGAUUCACAUCGACCGCUGACCAACAGGGGAAGUUUUGAUCUAUAUUUGGCUUCCAAUAAUGCUAAAACAAUGGCAGAGAUUCCCUACAGAAUGUGCAUGCCCAAAGCUCCUGAUUACGUUCACGCAACAGCAAGACCGAGCAACCCAUCUUUGCCCCACAAGUUCAAUGUGGCCAUCCUUGAAAUUAAGAAACUCAGCUUUAUAGUUGAAAUAGAACGAGUUGACCAAGCUACAGGGUGGGACAGGAUCCUGGCAACUGUGGAUUGGUCCUCGUAUAUAGGUAAUGGAACGGUUUAUCGGAAUCUGAUCCUUUGGUUUCCUGAUGGUGCAGAUAGAAGACGAAUGAACCGUAACACAGCAUCGGAGUCCUGCAUUGACAAUGGCGGUCGAUUGGUGGAUAUUGUGGAUAAAGCGAUGUACGACGUGGUUUACAAUUACUGUCGACAAACCAUUGUAUUCGGAUCCGAUGAAUAUGUUCGUAUUUGGCUCGGUUCAAGUUACAACCCAGCGACUGAUACAGUGACACAGAGCAACGGGAAACCUGGUUAUCAUGGAGAUUGGUGGCCUGGUGCCCCGUUUACAAUAAGUGGCUACGAGGGGUACACUGGAUUGGAGCUUGAGAUCCGACCACCAAGUUACACCGGCACCAACCACGGAAUAUUUAAUUUUUACCCGACAUCAGAUAUUUCCGUUGUACAAUUAUGUUCAACUAACCUAAUGUAACUUAGUUAGCAUAAGCUGGAUGGUGAAUGAAUUAAUAUUUAAAUGGAUGAAAGUACAUUUAUAUACAAGGGUCGAAUUAUUGCUACCGGACAUACUAUUAUGGACUUUACUUUGCAGUCUACUGCGCAGCAUUGUUGAUUAUUAGUUUUAAAAAUAUUUCUUGUGCCUUGCUUAUUUUGGUUGUAAAUUCAAUGCUAAUAUUGUAAUGUAGUAUAAAGGGUGGGAAAGGCGGAACACCUUCAGCACAAUUUUUCAUGUUUUACACAUUUAACACCAGUUAAUGGUAGUCGUGAGGUUACGGUUUUAUAAUUGUUUGAAUGUUAUUUGUUUACUAUAUACUUAAUUGGUAAAAAAUAGAAUGAAAAGAUGUCCCGUCUUCCUCCACCCUACUAUACCUGUUUUACGUCAUAUUUCUCUGCAUAUUAUCAACUCUUGUAGACACAGCCCACGUGACCAUAGUCAAGAGUGUUUUCCAACUAAAUAAUUGUUAAAUAUUUAAUCCCACGACGGCUUCUACCCUUUACCCACGAGGCCCAAACAAGCUUUUGCCGGGAAGUUUAUCUUUCGUGAUUUUAUUAAUUUCUGUUGUGUAGUUCGCAACAUUGUAUUAAACGGAAAAUAAUC